AUGGCCUGAACAACCCGGCCACGCCGGCCGACCAGCAUCAAGACGAACUACCUGAGGUGCUCAUGUGCCAGCGCUGUCAAGAGCAGUUCACCGACGUGCGGGAGUUCCUCACUCACAAAGCCGACUGCGAGAAGAAGGCCAUCAAACACGACGACCCCGCGCACUCGGACCCCGAGGACAUGGUGGUGUCCGAAGAGGAUGAAGAGGACGACGACGAGUCCGGCGGCAAGCAGAUCGAACGCAUGCGACGUCACCGACAGGACGCCGCAAACAACAACAGCGUCGACGAAAACACGCCGGACGAGAACAUCCAGAGGCUCGGCUUUCCGUUCCCUAUGCCUGCGGCACCGGGACAUGUCACACUCGAAGCGCUACAAAACACUAAGGUGGCCGUGGCCCAAUUCGCCGCCACCGCCAUGGCCAACAACACAGACAACGAGGCUGCCCUCCAGGAACUGGCCGUCCUCCAAUCCACCCUCUUCACACUCCAGCAUCAGCAGGUGCAACAAUUGAUGCUCAUCAAUCAGCUGCAGCAACAGUUACAAAUAGACAGAGUGAAGGAGGAGGACGGCUCACCCGUUUCGCCGCCCCCUUCAGACAACGACGGCGACAAUCAACACGAAGAGUCACCGGCCACUCCACAGCCGACGCAAGUGUCCCGCGAAUCCACACCGGCUAAUUUACCACCUCCAAUUAGCCAACCGCUCUCCCAGCCCCCAACUAUUGAUGCGUCUAACGAAAUCAUCGUUCCUACAUCGCUACCUCCGCAGAUACAGCCCCCGAUGUGUUCCAUUUCGUCAUCCCUCGCCUCAACUAUCAUAACACACAGCAGCGAGCCCACGCAGGAGGAGCCCAACACAUUGGAAAUGCUCCAGAAACGCGCCCAGGAAGUGUUGGACAACGCCAGCCAGGGACUUCUAGCCACCAAUCUGGCGGACGAGCUGGCCUUCAGAAAGAGCAAGGGCUCCAUCUCCCCCUACGACUCCAAAGGUCGCAACGAACCGUUCUUCAAGCACCGCUGCCGAUACUGCGGCAAAGUAUUCGGCUCCGAUUCAGCCCUACAAAUACAUAUCCGAUCUCACACGGGCGAGCGCCCCUACAAGUGCAACGUGUGCGGCAGCCGCUUCACCACCAAGGGCAACCUGAAAGUUCACUUCCAAAGACACAGUGUGAAGUUCCCUCAUAUCAAAAUGAACCCGAAUCCGGUGCCCGAACACCUUGAUAAGUAUCACCCACCACUGUUGGCACAACUGGGACAACAACCUUCGUUGUCUCCGGGCGGCCCUCCACACCCUCCACACCUAGGCUUUCCGGGCGCCCCAUCUUUCCCCCCGACGCCCUUGCCGUUGUACAGACCACAGGGGCCGCCGCCCCACGAGAUGAUCAACAGCAGGUUGCAGCCGUCCCCCCACCGGCUACAGGAUCCACCGCAAAGAUUGUUCCAGCCCCAUCCCUUGUUCAUGAAGCGCGAGGAGCAGGACAUACCGGAAAACUUAAGCAAACCACCAAGAUCUCCAACGCCAGUAAAAGAACAACAAGUGCAGUGCAAAACCGAAGAAAGCGACGACAAGAAACGAGAGGAAGACUCUCAACCAAUCAAUGUUCCUCAGAUACUACCAAAACAAGAGCCCAGUGAUAUGGACAAUGAAAACGAACAAGAACCGGAAAGAUAUCAGUCACCCAUUCCGUACGACGAGUGCAGCAACGACAGCAAAUACAGCAAUGAAGACAUGAUGGAGCGCAGGACUCCCGGCGCCGAGCAGUCGGAGAACAUGCAGGAGGAGCCCGAAAACUUGUCCAACAAGAGCAGCUCCAUCAACAUACCUUUGAGCAUAUCGACGGGACAAAGAUUGCCCGCCAACUUUAGCUUCGGUCAAGUGGCCAGCUCACCACCGAGCAGCACUUCGUCGGGAAGUUUGGGCCCGUUCUUGAACACCCCAAUGGGCGACAUAACAAAGGAUCCGGCUAUUUACACGAACCUAUUGCCGCGCCCUGGCAGCAACGACAACUCAUGGGAGAGCCUGAUCGAAGUGACUAAGACCAGCGAGACCAGCAAACUUCAACAGCUCGUCGACAAUAUCGAACAUAAACUAUCCGAUCCCAAUCAGUGUGUAAUAUGUCACCGGGUGUUGUCGUGCAAGAGCGCUUUACAAAUGCACUACAGAACCCAUACCGGGGAACGUCCGUUCAAGUGCAAGAUAUGCGGACGCGCGUUCACAACCAAGGGCAACUUGAAAACGCACAUGGGCGUGCACAGGGCCAAGCCGCCGAUGCGCGUCCUCCACCAAUGCCCGGUCUGUCACAAGAAGUUCACAAACGCUCUGGUGCUGCAGCAGCACAUCCGUCUGCACACCGGCGAACCCACCGAUCUCACCGUCGAACAGAUCCAGGCGGCCGAAGUUAAAGACUUUCCUUCACCGGGUGGAUUUCCGAGCCUACCCAAUUCCAUGCACCCAUUCCUGAACCAGGGCUUCCCGGUGCCCGGUCUGUCGCCCCUCGGACCCGGGGGCUUCCACCUCGGCAUGAAGUUCGAGACCAAGGACGAACACGACGAAGAUAUGGAUGAGGACGAUGAGGACGACGACGACGCCAUGAGCAGCUCCGAACAACAGAAUAUUCCGGCUUCCUCGCCCAACGACAUUCAGAACGCCACCGGCGGUAGCAACAUCAACACCAUGGCUUCGCACUUCUCCAGCUCCGCACUAAACUGUUCGUCGGAGGACUUGUACUCCAACAGGACCGGAGCUUCUUCGCCCACGAUGCAAAACGGGGAGAAGUCACCCAAUCAAUCGGGAGUUACGAGCCCGGGCAGCUCCGAGAUGCGUUCGGAUCAAUCGCCACAUCAGAUGUCCACUCCCGUCCAGAUUCCUCGUCCCCCAUCUUCACAGCUGGCCGGAAGUCCGACACCAUCCGAAUGCAACUCUCUGGGUGCCUUGGACUUGACGCCCAAGAACAGCGGACAGCCACAGAUCUCCAGUCCAGGACCAAAUCCUGGGCCACCACCCAAUUUGUUCUCGGCCUUCGGAUUGUUGCCUCCUGGCUCGUCCGGAAACAGUCCCUUGAUGACGUCGGCCCUCUCUUCACUCACAUCAUCCGUCUUGACUUCCACGUCGUUCAGUCCCUUGAGACUCGCCGUUGGGCCGACCGCAGGCAGAGGCAAUACCACCUGCAAUCUAUGUUUCAAAACGUUCGCCUGCAACUCAGCUUUGGAGAUCCACUACAGAAGUCACACCAAAGAACGUCCGUUCAAAUGCAGCGUCUGCGACAGGGGAUUCUCCACCAAAGAUGGUUGUGUGUGCAACAAGCAGAGGCGUAUCCAGGAUGAAGCUGAGCCGCGGAGAGCUCGCACGAAAAAAUCUGCCUCUAUACCUUCAGUUUUCCCAUUACCGAUGACGCCUGGAUACGCCUCAAAUUGGAUGCAUAUGGCGGGCAACAUGAAACAGCACAUGCUGACCCACAAGAUCCGCGACAUGCCGCAGCACAUGUUCGACAACAAGCCACAGCUGUCCGGCUCGGGGGACGAGUCGACGCCGCUGCCGCCCAACCAGCCGCCCAGGGACGGUACGACGAGCGACGGCGAGCUGUCGCAGACGUCGCAAAUGGACGUCAAGCCGCAGCCGCUCAUCCAGGUGCCGCAGCCGCCGCCGCCGCAGAUGGAGAUCAAGCCGGAACCGCAGCCCAUCAAGCGGGAACCGACGGAGACCGAGCUGCCGCUCCCGAAACGUCCUCCAAGCUUACAGGCCAAUAAGCAUUUGUGCCACGUGUGCAAUAAGAACUUCUCGUCGAGCUCCGCGCUGCAGAUACACAUGCGCACCCAUACAGGCGACAAACCGUUCCGCUGCACCGUAUGCCAGAAGGCUUUCACCACCAAGGGCAACUUAAAGGUACACAUGGGAACCCAUAUGUGGAGCAACGGAGCCUCCAGACGCGGACGACGCAUGUCCCUAGACCUACCGCCAAUUCCCAUGACACCCAAGGAUUCCGAAUUUCUGCAACGGAGGCCAGACCUCUUCUACCCGUACCUCCCGGCCCCUUUCCUUAAUGGCAUGCAGCAGAAGCUGAACGAGAUGUCGGUGAUCCAGAACAACCAGAACGGCAUGACAGGCGCCGGCAAGUACAGCGCCCUCCUGGGCUUCGGCUAUCCGCCGCCGGAGGCCCUGCGAUCUCAGUCCGGUUCGCCCGUGGAGCGGCACGAGAGACCGCCCAGCAGGGAGACGGAGUCGCGCGGCCUGUGGGACCUGCACUUCGAACGCAAGUCGGCCCCCGAGACGCCCAGGGACGAGCUGUUGCCGGCGUCGCGGGAGGGCCUGGCCGCCUAGGACGCCCCGACGAGACCGACGCGUUCCUAUUUUUAACUAGUCGAAGGGUAGGGCAAGGUGUGAGGCGGCGGUCCGAGGAUUUGGUGCCAGGACGUGGGGAAUUAUAUCAGUAGGAGUUGUUCUUUCGGCAUUGUUCUGGGCCCGCUCGAGCCAUCAAAUGGCUCGUGGCAAGUUUCGAUGUGACGUUUGUUCUUGUAUUGUCUGAAUUUCGGAUCUACUGUUUAUUGAGAAAAUUAGUUAUCGCUGUUGUUUUUUUGUUGUGAAGUGCAUCGAAAAUUGCUGAUUAGAAAUCACCUUGUAUUUUACGGAUCGGGGCAAUGCAUACUGUGAUACAUCAGCCGUAAGUGAGCUGCGUUGACAGCCUAUAUACUGCUGUGUAAUAUUAGAAAUAUUUAAAAGAGAAAUAAUAUUAGAAACAUUGUAUUAUAUUAGCUAAGUGUGUAUAUGAUAACUCAACAUAUUAUCGUUUGCUGUGUUAUAUAUAGAUAUAAAUAUUAUGUGUCCAAUGGACAGUGGCAAUGCCAGUAUUUAGCUUUACAAUUUGUACAUAAUUUAGUUAUAAUAUCACUGUAACGUUAUAGAUGUUGUCCAUUUUGUUCCGCAUGGUCACAAUCUAUGUAUAUAUCAUCACUAUGUACCAUGAGACUGUUUUAUUAUUACUUAAUUGAUAAUGUAUGCUUAUAUCCCAAAUCCCAGUACAAACCCCCUUUUUAUUUAUGUAAAAAUCAUCAUCGAAAAAAUUGUGGAAAGAAAUUAAUCAAUACGUAUCUAAAAAUCUAGGUAUUGUUUAUAAACAUAUGAGAUUUAUAAAUGAUAUUGUGUAAAUGUAAGUAAACUUGAAAUGUUUUUAUUUCAGAAUGAAUGUACAAAUAUUUUUAACUGGUACGUUACUGAAACUGUCUGUAUUUAUAAACUCGUACAAACCAGUUAAACUAUGU